GUUGUAGAUGGCGCAAAAAUCAUUACCCCGUUUUGACCGCCAAGCUUCCCUACCCUGGUUGACUUCUAAGCUCCUUGGGUGCUCCGUGUCAGGUGGUGUCAGGGUAACACGGGUAACACUCGUUGACCAGGACUAGAUUAACCAGUAGUGACGUUAUUGUUGUGAUAUUUGGUUGUGCGAAAAUAUUUGUGUGUGCUAGUGUUUUUGUUGAAUAUUUGGUGCAAUAUUUUUGUACGGUAAUUGCGUUUUUCAGAUUAGUAACAUUCAAUUUUUCGUGAUGCGAGAAGUGGGUUUACCAUGUCCAGUUAUAAUGAGCCAUGGAGAAAUUCAGAAUUCUGCUUCUUCCAGUAGCAAUGUUCAAGAGGCACUGUGUGUACAAGUUUUUAGUUCAUCUAAAUCAAAUGAACAAUCUGCUCCUUUGCACCAAAUAGAAACAGAUUAUGUGACUUCUAGAAAUAACGAUUCUUGGCAUCGGGGAAAUAAUAAUCAAAAUUUAGAAUUGUCAGAAGGAAACCACCUGGCUUCUCGUGUGAGAAAACUGAAAAGACCUUAUUCGCCGCCUCUAUCAGAGAAGAAGUCCUUCAAAAAAUUAAGUUCAGGAAAGUCAAAAAAUGUAUUGUCUGGCAAUGAAGGUAAAGUGAAAGAGAGUCAGUCUUGUGAAAAGCCUUUUGUUUGUGGAAAAUGUGGUUCUCCAUAUGUAGUAAAUCCAGCUCGUUGUCAUUCAUCUGCAAAAACGUACACACCUCGAAAAAUAUUCGAUCCAAUUGCAAAGAAAACAUUGCUUGUGUGUAAUGCUUGUAGGCUGUCCUUAGCACGAUCUCAAAAGGCCAAACCACCAAGAUCAAAAAAGUCUCCACCUUCAGAAGAAGCAAAGGCAGAAUUUCAGGAAGAAUGUGUGAGAUUUUCGGCCUCUUUAGUAGAAAAAUUAAGAGACUCUGAUGCCAGUAGACUAUACUGUCCAGCGUUCACCCUUCAUCCAUGCAAGUGCCUGCAAAAUUAUCUCACAUGUCCAGAUGAAGAGGAAGAAUCCCACAGAGCUGAGAGUCUGUUGAAUCUUCUAAAAAAAGCCAAGCAAUUGAGUGCUCAAAAAAACUCAUUUGGCUUUGUUCAGAAUCCACGUCCACGUGGUCUUUUGAAAUGCAAGAGUCAGAUGUUUGAAGAAUUUGUACAAGAAACACGGCUAUAUUUGCGCAGUCAGUUAAAACUUUGUGAAAGAGCUUGCCAGCGUGUUUUAAUGUAUUCCAAUAACUUCUUACACAAACACCUCAAGUCUGCGCCAGAUAAGCGUGCCCGCAUUGAGCGUCUUGGGGGAAGCUCUCGUCCACCUUUGUGUCCCAUUUCAAGGCUUCCAAAUGAAAGUUGCUGUCAAGAGCGCUGUGUCUUAAUGGCGCUUACUCACUCACGCCUUCUUGAAGAUUGGCGUACAUCUGCACGUCGUAGUCAGCGUGAUGCGCGACGUGUUCUGGCAGAAAUGCUUACCCCAUCUGGAGGCUCCAAGGCAAAUUGUUACAAAUUUAUUAGAAUGGUUACAGGAUGCAGUCAGACGACAAUUUGUUUAGUAAGUGAACAAAUGUGGCGUACACAAGGCAACCGAGAACCCCCUGAGCAUGGAUUGAAGAAUUGGUGGCAGAAAAGAGCAGGACUUAAUUCAGAAGAAGUGUAUGCAGGCCAUGAUUCUGCUGGUAGUGAAUCAUGUGGUGAAGAUGAUGAUGCCUUUGAAUAUGAGGAAGAGGAUAACAAAGAGCAAGGAAGCAAAGAUCAUGAAGAUACUACUAGACCUAGUGUCUCUGAUAUUCACAUUCCAACUGCUCGUGAAUUGCGAGACUUAGCUCCAGCAGAAGCUGGACGCCGCCUCCUUCAGCAGCGGCACAAGUUAGCAUGUAUUCAACGUCAGUUGGUUCGUCAACAACAGCAAUUGGAGGCUUUGCGCCAGCAGCGACCACCCAUUGUACUUGGUUGCUGUUCUGGAAUGGCUGAUUUAUCUCAGUCAAUCCAGCAGACACUGGUUCAACCACCAGCAGCUAUGCCUAGUGUUGCACCACAGGCACAAGUGGUUCACAUACUGGAAAUACCAGCAACACCCACGACUGUGAUUCCAAGUGUUCCAGAAACCUGUCAGCAACAGCCUACUUUAUCUGUACUCUCCAGCUCAGGAGAAUUUGAGCCCAUAACAAACAUUAGUGUCAAUGUAGCUCCUGGGCAGCCUAUGGGCACAGUCUAUUUCAUUCCAGAAUAUGAAACUGUAUCUUCCAUACCUACUGAUCACAUGUCUGGAAAUAAUGUGAUAUUCACCCCAAGUGCAACAGAAGCAGAUUCUAUCCAAUUGCAGCAGAAUUUGGCAUCGCCAUCUCAGCUUCAACCCCAGGCUGUCCACUUGCCUACAAUGCAAGUCCAUCUCCCGUUGGAUAUACCAGUUCAACUAGCUAUGCAGCCAACUUCAGAAUCAUCAGUGCAAACAGAACAGGCCUUAGAACAACCCGCAGUGCAAGUUGCAGUGCAUCACCCUGUGCAGCUAUCUGGGCCAGACCCACUACCAUCUCAAACACAACCAAUAAUUCUCCCUUCCCCUCAACCCAUUCCAUUCCAGGUGGCACAGCCAACUAAGUCUUCCAACCCUGUUCAACAAGGCUCCCUUCAUAGUACUCCUGCAACAAUUGUUAAUGUUUUAAAUAAAGAUAAUUGCUCUGUGCAAACCUCUGAAGCUCAAGUGUAUUAUCUUGAGUCUGUUAACUGUGUGACCUCAGUCCCAGACUGACAGUUUGCUUUCUACAUAGAAGAUAUAUCUCUAGUCAGUACUCAAAAGAAUCUUCUUAAAAACAAAUGUGAAGGGAUUCUCAAAUAAAAUACUUACUAGUAUUGUUAAUAUAUUUCUCAGUACAUUCAUUGUGCAGUAUUACUAAAACUUUCUGUAGCUUGCCAAAAUAACUUUUUAUUUUUUUAAGAAAAAUUAAUAAAAUUUCUUUUCUAUGAAUUUUCAAUUUCUAUAAUAGUCUUACAUCUACUCAAUACACAAAAAAUAUGGCUACACAUAACAUAUUAUUGCAGCUUUAAUGUUGCUUAGCAGUUCUUCCAACAAAAGCAGAAUCUUCUACACUCACAACAAAGUGUCAUUACAUGAACUGAGCCAUUGGAUCUUCAUCCCUCUUCUUCUUCAUGUAAUAUGCUUCCAUUUCUUCAUCUGUUGGCUUCUUCACUUCAAACAUGCUGUUGUAUGGCCUUUUUCGAUCAUCUAAUGCAGCCAGACGGGCACCUUCUUGUUGAUUGAUUUCUUCUUGAUUCAGAGCCUGUAAUAGACAAAAUCAUUCAAUAUUGCUAGCAUGCAAAUAGCAUAGUAAAAUCCCGCUAAUCCAAGCAAAAUUCAGGAUGAAGGAAAAAUUAACAAAAAAAGAACAACUUAUUUGUAGAGUAAAUUCAUGAUUUUAUAUUUACUAUGGAACUGAACAACUAAUAAUUGAAACAAGCUGUCGAAAUUGCAAGAAAAGAUUAAUUGUAACUACGGUGUGUAUCACACAUUUAUGUAGCAGUAAUUUUCACUUGGAAGACUUGAAAAAUCGGUAAUAUUCAUUUACCAUAAUGAACUGAAUCUGUUUGAUGUUGUGAUCUCUAGGCUACGUUGCCAUUUUCUAACAUCUCACACUUGCAUUGUGUCUGGUAAUACAUAAUAUAUUUUGGUAAUUGCUAAUAUUUGAGUAUUUGUACAUGUACAAUAUAUUUUUUGGAUAGUCCGAUUUCCAUAGACCGACAGACCAUCUUCAACGUGUGUUGUAUUCAGGGUACUUUUGAGUACUACUUUCUCUUUCAGUCUGAUUCCAAAGCUAGCAUUGUUGCAUUGACGUGUGUUGCCUAACUCUGAUUACAUCAGUUGCCACAAUGCCUGUGCAUAAAGUUUCACGAACGUUAUUAUACGCAAUCAUCCGUUCAAAGAGACAUGUCAACGCAACGCUUCUGUGACGCAGGCCUUACUGUGCAUUCCUUUGAGUGCUUUUUUCUGUGUAAUUUAGUUACAUUCAAAGUUAUUUAUGAGUAAUUAGUUCAACCCAUGGGUAUUUGGGUGUUAUACAAGUAUCCAGUAGUUUUCUCUAUUACUAUAGUGUUUUGCAGAUUAUAAUGAGGAAAGUAAGUACAAAUUGAGCAUUUUUUUGCUUGCACAUUUUCCUGUUUAUGACGUUCAAAAUUGUCAGUCCCUUGAUAAGUGUACUAAUAAGAUUCCACUGUAAUUAUGUAAAAUCCAGACCCUAUUCACAACCUAGAAUAAUAAAAGAGUGUUUUUGUAUUAUUUUUCUCAUAAAAACAUUCUACAAUGUUGGCAGUAGGUUUUAUUGUUGAAAAAUACAUUUUUCAUUUAGUGGGAGUCACUGAAUCAGGAGGCCAAAAAUACCAAAAUUAGUUUUUUUGAAAAAUAAGAAAAUGCAUCAAUUAAUAAUAAAAAAAGAAUAAAACAUUUCUAUUAAGAAUUUUACUGUUUUGUUGGGUUCCUCCAAAGAGCAUUUUUGGAUUCUGAUUUUGUUUUUGAGUAUUUUAUCCUUAUAAGAUAUAAAAAAUCACUCUGGUCAUAUGUUGUAAUUGCGUAUUUAAGAAGGUUGCAUUUUUCUAAACAAAAUUGAAAAAUCACCUUUUAACACCUACGAGGGUUACUCCAUCCUUUUAAAACUUUUGUUCGCAAAAACAUAAAAAUGCAUAAGUCAUGUUUCAUCACCCCCUAAAAAUUGCCCCCCCCCCCUUCACUUUUCAGGACGAUGCAAAAAAGGAAAUGUAGAAGUAAAAUGUAAAAUGCAGGAAUGUUGAAAAACGGUAGACCAGGCAGGUACUUUCAUUAUUUACCGCAAUUGUAGCUCUGUUUUUACUUUCUCCCUCUUCAUAGGAAGAGAAAGUAAACGUGUGAACCAGAAUCAGCAAAUUUCGCCAGAAAAUCUCUUAUUGACGGGCCCUGAAUGAAAUAGUGGAUAAAUCAUAUUCCUGUAUAUAGUACAUUACUUUAACGUGUGGUGUAUACUGAA